UAUGCCACUCUGACGUUUGUUUAAUUAGAUUUUAUCAUGGAUAGCUCGUGUGUUUAGAUGUACGCGCAAAUAAUUAAUUAUCGUGUGCGGUUUGCUGUAGCUUGACAGUGACACGUUUUCUAGUUCUCAUUCCCCGACGGAAUGUCGUAGCGGUGAACGAUAAAUAAACGAUAAGACGUCGUUCGAUUUCAGGAUAUCACAUUCAAUAUUAUAUCGAUGCUGAAAAAUUCAAAGCAUGUCGCAGCCGACUCGUGCAAACUCAAUCGAACUGCAUUUCUAUUUUCGUUAUCUCUUUCGUUUACUCGUAUUCAUGCGUGCAGGCUCAACGUUACUUAAAAUCCGCGGGCCAUUUACUUUUUCCACGGCGAUAUGCGUAAUGUGAAAUUAAAGCGCGGUGUAACGUGUGUGGCAUUCUUCCUUGCCUUAUUGCAAUUCGCUUGUAACGUUAACGCCGCGGACAGCGAUUUUAUUCGCGACUACUUUGUAAACAAGGCAGUGCGAAAUGUCGUGGGAUUUUCCUGCGGAGAUUUUACGAGCGAUUUUUACUUCUUGAAGACAUUAAGCAGAGCCGGUAUAUAUACGAUCAUCCGGAGGCACAGCACGGAUUUCAACCUACGACGAUUCUUGAGAACUGACGCCUGGAGCUUGGGGGUCGUUGUGGAUUUGCGUUGUCACAACAAGAGCGCCGUGGCCAUCUUCGCCGAAACCUCGAGGUAUCGUAUGUACGACUACUCGUAUCACUGGUUGGCCCUGGGAUCGAAGCUGGACAGCAGCGUGCGGCUUUUGAACGACAGCGCUUACAGCAUGACGACCGACUUCGCGCUCGCGAUAAGGAACGGCACUGGCUACGAUCUUUACGACGUUUAUAAUCAUUGCAAGUAUCGCGGAGGUACGCUGAACGUGACGUGGCUGGGCUUGUGGCGACGAGGAGAGGGUCUUACCGUCACUCUGACCCAACCCUUGGUCCACAGAAGGGCUAACAUGCACGGCAUGACGCUGAAGAUGUCUGGCGUGAUACAAUACAGGCCGAAAAACAUGCGAUUGGAGGAUUAUAUGGUUGACAUUAACACCAGAUCUUUGGACAGCAUGCACAAAUUCGUGUACGCGAUGAUAUCUCAUACCGCGGAUCUUUUCAAUUUUAGUGUACACGCCUCGGAGAUAAUUUACUGGGAUCGUCACAGCGUGCACGGCUUGAUAUUCGAGAUCUUACAAGCGAACUACAUCGACUUUGGCAGUAAUCCUAGGAUUAUGGUGUCUGAAAGAUUAGAAAAAGCAUCUCUGAUCGGCGCGGCGUGGCCGAUUCGACCUUGCUUCAUGCUGCUGUCCACCCCGUCGAGCAACAUCAAACUUAAGAUCUUCUUUAAGCCGUUUUCGGUUUAUACUUGGUACCUGAGCGCCGUAUUUAUAGUGUUCUUCAUGUUCGUGAUGAGAAUAAUAAUGAAACGCGAGGAGACGAGCACAGACGAGACCUAUUCCGACGCUGUGGUUACUACUAUCGGCGUUACCGCUCAGCAAGGCACAAAUUUUUUUCCUAAACGCAUUCCCGGCCGUAUCGCUCUUCUGCAGAUCCUCGUGUUCAACUGGAUCAUGUACAACUACUACUCGGGCGGUAUAGUGUCGGCUCGUUUGAGCGAGCCGCUCGAUAAGAUGGAAGAUGACGUGACGGUUCUCGCGGAUAGCGAUCUGAAAAUCGCGGCGGAGGCUGUGCCGUAUCUCAACUACUUUUUAUACAAACUCAGCUCGACCAAUUACUUCAGGCAGAAGCGCUGGGAUUCUCUGCCAGAGUCGAAGCGGUACAUGCCGAUAGAGGAAGGUAUGAAGCAGGUCAGCGAGGGAAUCCUGGCCUAUCACACGGACCCGAACACGGCGUAUCCGUACAUCGAACAGACGUUCGAGCCUCACAAGAUCUGCGCGCUGACGGAGAUCCACCUGUUCAAGCAGUCCGUCAUGGGUAUGUACGCCAGUCGCAACGGUCAGUUCACCGAGAUGGCGAAAAUCGGACUUUCCAAGAUGUUCAAUACCGGGUUACGCGAUCGACAGAUCAAGUAUUGGUCGAGCAGGAAGCCUCAGUGCACGAUCGACACGUUGUCCACGAGAAGCAUAUCCGUAUACGAGACCGCUCCGGCUUUGAUCCUGUGGUCUUUCGGCGUACUCAUCGGAGGCAUAAUAUGCAUUAUCGAGAAUAUCAUAUACUAUCGACUCGAGAGAGAAGAAAUGCUGACACGAUUGAGCAGCGGUGAUGCGGAGGAGAAGGAGGAGGAGGAGGAGGCCGGCACGAGCAAAAAUAAUUUGUCCGCGUGAACCGUCUCGCCUUGGGAAGUAAAAUAUUCACGAGUCGUUCGCGUAUUAUAAUUGGUACAUUCGUUAGUGUCUCGUUAUUGUAUAUUUAUUUCAUGCGGUGGGACAGCACGCGUUAUACAAAAUGUAACUUUUUCCCAGUCCAAUAUUUGCCCUAAUAAAGUUGUGAAUUCACUUUGCAUCGAAAAA